AUGGCGUCCUUGGGUUCAUUUCAGAGCUCCGAUACGGCCUCAGAUCCUUCAGCCGAAGCCUCGAAGAGCUACAAUGGAAAGCUUCCCGACAAAACGACGUUCAUAGCUACGCUUUCCGGUGGUGCUUUCAUCAUUGGGCUCACAGGUGCGACUAUAUAUGGUCUGAGAAAAGCAAAAAUGCAAGCGCUGAAAGAGGCACAGGAGCUGGCCGAGGCUUCGAUCGCGUCGGCGUCGGCGACGGCGAACCAAGCGACUCAGCCUGGGUCGACUUUGAAUUGGGAUGCGGCUGCUAGGUUCGCAGUACCUUCAUCACUGUCAGGAACAGGUCAACCAGGCAACGUACGAAAAAGAGCGGAGAAAUCAGCGGCGGGUGAUGAGAGGGCGGAACUGGAAAGCUCCAAGAGCAGAUUUGCCCUGUUCCGCCAAUGGAGUGCUGCCAUUCUUAAUCCGUCAAAGAGGUCCGAUGGGGGAUCAGCAUCCAGAGCGCCCACGUCGGUAUUUGACGACGAGACGGGAAUGUUACUUAGCGUGCUACGAAAGCGCAAAGCAGCUCCAAUGCUUCCUGCAGUGACGUCGAAUAGUUGCCCAGCUCGACCCGAGCUUUCUUCCAACGCAACGAUGCCGUCCGUAGCAAAAGCCACAGCUGCAUGCUCUCCUUCGACCGACACCAAGAUCGAUUACAGUGAGAUGGAUUCCACACUCGAUUUUCUCGGCCUUUCAACUCCCGUACCCGCAGACGAGCAACAAAGACUCAAGGAGUUGGAAGAAUCUGCCGCAAGCGAAACGGGUCCGAGGGGAUUCUUCGAGUCCCCUGUGGGACUUUCGUUGAAGGCAUUCCUGAUCGCCACAUCGAUCGUCACAUUUUCAACGCUCGCAACGGUGGAAGUGACAAAACGAGCGUUGGGUGUCGAAACGAUGGACGAGUUUGUGGUGGCCAUGACGAACAUCAUUCCGAGCCGGAAGAAAGGUGAAGCCAGCUUGGAGGGUGUGGCACCGCACAUGCGCGUUGCUCGCGGUGGAGCCGAGGCGGAACCUCAGGUACCAAUGCCAGCUGCAGCGGCACCUAAAUCGGUCGACCAAGCACUGACGGACCUGAGCAACGCAUCGAGCUUCGAAGAGUGGAUGUCAACUCUCAAAACACAGCUGGACACGGAGCGAGAUUUCGAAGUGGCGCGCAGAUUUGCUAGUGUCGAUACGUCUGCCUCCAACGACUCGAUCUCAACGUCUCGCGUAAGGCCGUACCAUGUUCACUCGGCGCUGGAAUUCGAGCAUUUUGAUGGCAGUGUCGAGGAAUCCGUCUCUUUCUUACGCUCCGUGCUCGCCAUCUCGCCCAUCUUACCAUGCACAGCGUUCGGCCUGGGCCUCAUCUCGGGCGUCCUCACAUCGGGUCGUCGAGCUGGACUGGUGUUUAUGGCCGAAAACGCGCAUCGCUUACCAGACACGGUGCAAGGAUGGUACUUUUACUCCAAGACGAAAAAUUACAAGGUGUUGCUAGGAGCUGCCAAAGGUGGACUCAAGCAAGGUGCAAGGUUGGCUGUCUGGACGACUGGGUUUUGCCUGGCUGAACGCGUUGCGGAGCUGACGAGAGGCUCGAUUGAGAAGCAAUUUGGUGCAGGGAGGGGUAACAGCGAUGGAAUCAUGCUCUCAGGUCAUUGGACAGAUGGAGCGCUGGCUGGCACAGCUACGGCAGCCGCUGCAACAGCGCUGUACAGGUUGCCGAGACCGUCAGCGGUGCGAGUGUUUCAAUUGGGAUUGUUGGCUGGUGCGAGUACAGGUGGGAUACGUGAUUUCCAGGAGAGGCUGCUGCAUAAAGAAAUCGGAGGUGUUGCUAGCCAUACAUGA